CCCUUUUUUAAUUCUUCAUAUUUUUAUUUGUAUUUCAUUAAAGCUGAACACAUCCCUUUAAUCCAGAAUAUGGUGUACUAUAAGAUAUCUCAUGUUGAUCACCGGGUUUCUAAUCCGGAGCAAUGUAUUGCAAGUGAUUUGCCAAGAUUCUGUUCAGAAUUGAGUGAUGUUGUACAAGAAGAUCUCACUGCAGUGAUGGAUGGUCUGCUGUACACCUGGCGUCUUUGUUCUUAUGCUAGUCCAAAAUACGUUCUCUGGAUUCUGGCAUAUGUGAUAGGUGCCGGAUCUGUUAUCAGAAAUUUCUCUCCUGCCUUUGGAAAAUUGAUGUCCAAGGAGCAAGAGUUAGAAGGAGAUUAUCGGCAGCUUCAUUCAAGGUUGAGGACGCAUGCUGAAAGCAUAGCUUUUUAUGGCGGUGAAAAGAGAGAAGCAUCUCACAUAAAGAAAAAGUUCAAGACUCUUGUGCGGCAUCUCAACCUUGUUCUCCAUGACAAUUGGUGGUUUGGGAUGAUUCAGGACUUUCUUCUGAAAUACCUUGGUGCCACUGUUGGAGUCAUCUUGAUUAUUGAACCCUUCUUUGCUGGUAAUCUUAUGCCGGAUUCUUCUACACUUGGUAAAGCAGAAAUGUUGAGCAAUCUCCGCUAUCACACAAGUGUGAUAAUAUCUCUCUUUCAAUCUUUGGGCACGCUAUCUAUUAGCGCCAGAAGAUUAAAUCGUCUCAGUGGGUAUGCUGACCGUAUUCAUGAGCUAAUGGUUGUAUCAAGAGAACUAGCUACCGCGCGGGAUGCAUCAUCAAUGCGAAAUAAUGCAAGCACAAAUUGUUUUAGUGAAGCAGAUUAUAUUGAAUUCUCGGGUGUCAAGGUUGUAACUCCUCCUGGAAAUGUGUUGGUGGAUGACCUUACGCUCAGGGUUGAUUCAGGAUCUAAUCUUUUGAUCACUGGUCCAAAUGGUAGUGGGAAGAGUUCGCUUUUCCGGGUUCUUGGAGGGCUCUGGCCAUUGGUAUCUGGCCGAAUAUUUAAACCUGGAGUUGGUUCUGAUCUUAACAAGGAGAUCUUUUAUGUCCCACAACGGCCAUAUACAGCUUUUGGAACACUUCGUGAUCAGUUGAUAUAUCCCCUUACAGUUGAUCAGGAGAUUGAACCACUCACCUAUGAUGGAAUGGUUGAACUACUAAAAAAUGUUGAUCUGGAGUACCUGUUGGAACGUUAUCCACUGGAUAAGGAAAUAAACUGGGGUGAUGAACUUUCUCUUGGUGAACAACAGAGGCUGGGAAUGGCAAGACUGUUCUUCCACAAGCCUAAGUUCGCUAUUCUUGAUGAGUGUACAAGUGCAGUCACAACAGAUAUGGAAGAGCGUUUUUGUGCUAAGGUUCGAGCAAUGGGGACCUCAUGUAUUACUAUAUCACACCGUCCUGCUCUAGUUGCUUUUCAUGACAUAGUUUUAUCAUUGGAUGGAGAAGGAGGAUGGAGUGUUCAGUACAAGAGGGAUGAUUCAUUAGAUUUCCAUGGAAGUGGUCCCAAUUCAUUAAAGUCAUCCCAAACUGAACGAUUUAGUGAUGCGAUUGCUGUUCAAAGAGCCUUUUCUAGCUCCGGAAAGGGAAAUAGACUCCCAAGGUCUAAGGUUCAAUCUUAUUCAACAAAAGUAUUAGCAUCCUCUCCUCUUAUUGAGGAUAAAGCUCAAUUACCCAUUGUUCCUCAAUUGCGAAGUACUCCAAGAGCUUUACCUCUAAGAGUAGCCUCAAUGCUUAAAGUCUUGGUGCCAACGUUGCUUGAUAAACAAGGUGCACAGCUCUUUGCAGUUUCUUUACUUGUCAUCUCUAGGACAUGGAUAUCUGAUCGCAUCGCUUCUUUGAAUGGAACUAGCGUCAAGUAUGUGCUGGAACAGGAUAAGGCAGCCUUUAUCAGAUUGACUGGCAUCAGUGUUCUUCAAAGUGCUGCAUCAUCUAUAGUUGCUCCUUCUCUAAGAUACCUGACGGCCAAGCUUGCACUUGGAUGGAGAAUUCGUUUGACCAAUCAUCUGCUAGAAAAUUACUUAAGAAACAAUGCUUUUUACAAGGUAUUUCACAUGUCAGAUAAAAAUGUUGAUGCAGAUCAGCGAAUAACAAAUGAUGUGGAAAAACUGACAACUGAACUCUCUGGAUUGCUUACUGGAAUGGUAAAACCUUCUCUUGAUAUUCUUUGGUUUACUUGGCGGAUGAAGCUACUAACUGGCCGAAGAGGAGUUGCCAUACUGUAUACUUACAUGCUUUUAGGGUUGGGGUUCCUGAGAAGUGUUGCACCUGAUUUUGGUGAUCUAGCAAGCAAAGAGCAACAGCUUGAGGGAACCUUUAGAUUCAUGCACUCUAGACUUCGGGCACAUGCUGAGUCAAUUGCCUUUUUUGGUGGUGGUUCGAGAGAGAAAACUUUGGUUGAUUUGAAAUUUAGGGAAUUACUUGAUCACUCUGUGAUCCUCCUAAGGAAAAGGUGGUUAUAUGUUAUACUUGAUGACUUCGUUACAAAGCAGCUUCCUCACAAUGUUACAUGGGGAUUGAGUUUAUUAUAUGCUUUAGAGCAUAAAGGAGACCGGGCAUUGACCUCCACACAAGGGGAGCUGGCGCAUGCUCUGCGUUUUCUUGCUUCUGUAGUUUCACAGAGUUUCUUGGCAUUUGGGGAUAUUCUCGAGUUGCAUAGGAAAUUUCUUGAACUUUCUGGUGGUAUAAAUCGAAUUUUUGAGCUUGAGGAAUUGCUUGAUGCCACUCAAAGUGAUAUAUCUCUACCUGCUGUUUCUGUAUCCUUUGAAGUGAAUGUUCUUCCCAAACAAGAUAGUAUUUCCUUCUCCAACGUUGAUGUCAUUACGCCAGCGCAGAAGCUGUUGGCUGCAAAGUUAACUUGUGAUGUUGUGCAAGGGGAAAGCCUUCUUGUUACUGGGCCUAAUGGAAGUGGUAAAAGUUCCAUCUUUAGAAUACUUCGGGGUUUGUGGCCCGUUGUAAGUGGAAGACUUGUGAAACCAUCACAGAAUGUCAAUAAGGGGGUGCAACCAAAAUGUGGCCUGUUUUGUGUUCCUCAGAGGCCCUAUACUUGUUUGGGAACUUUAAGGGAUCAAAUUAUCUACCCACUUUCUCGUGAGGAUGUGGAGGAAGCGAUGCGGAGGACAGGUGACUCGUCAAACCUUUCUCAUCUUCUUGAUUCACGCUUGAAGUCCAUUCUCGAGAGUGUGCGAUUAGUUUAUCUUCUUGACAGAGAAGGUUGGGAUUCCAGCCCCAACUGGGAAGACGUUCUUUCACUCGGAGAACAGCAAAGGCUAGGCAUGGCUCGUCUAUUUUUCCAUCAUCCUAAAUUCGGCAUCCUCGAUGAGUGCACCAAUGCCACAAGUGUAGACAUCGAGGAACACCUGUACAAGCUAGCAAAGGAAAUGGGCAUAACGGUUAUCACAUCUUCUCAACGGCCUGCUUUAAUUCCAUUCCAUUCCAUGGAGUUGAGGAUGAUUGAUGGUGAGGGUAAAUGGAAAUUAUGUUCAAUCAUCAGUGAAGAUGCUUGACUUAAUACUUGGAUUUAAACAAUCCAAAUUUAUUAUACCCGAUAUUAAUCACCAGAUAAAGCAAUAAUGACAAGGCAGGUUGUACCAUCAAAUGUGGAAGCUUCGGUUCUCUGCAUAUUUGAAUGUGGCUCUCACAGGAGUUUUUUAAUUAACUAUUAUUGGAAUGCCUAAUGCUGGAAGGAGAUCUGAGUCUUGGCAUAGUAUUAUACUAUGGGAGGCUACAGAUUCGGCUGCAGCAUUCAAUUUUUCCGGUGAUUUGUAAGAAAGCAUCAGGACUCAAAAAAUCUUAAGAACUGUAUACAAAGUUAGGAAUGGUGUAUAGCUUAGUUGGUUGAUAUUUCACUGGCAUUUCUAGAUUUCACUCCAUUUAUAUCUAUAUAAGAAAUAAUUUAAUUUCUUUUAUUUUUUCUCCAAUAUUAUAUUCUAACACGUGUUGCAUGGGAAUUUCCCCAGCUGUAUCUAUAUGCUACUUGUAUUUACGAGGAUAUUGCUUAAUUUACGGUGAAGUUGUUUGAUCAAUAGUUUAGUUCAUCCAUUUCUGGAAAUUGUUUCAUGUAACUUGACAGUUCAGUGUAUUAUUUUAUUGUAUCUUUUAAGCUU